AUGGUCGUUAAAGAUAAACAGGACAUCACCGCCUCUGGUCAGAAUAAGAUUGCCACUCAGCGUGUACUGUUAAAGUGCCGUACCGGAUGUGACAUACAUGAACAGAUCACCCGGGCGCAAAUAUGCCAUGACCUGGGAGCGCAACUUGUAAUCAUAGAAACAGGCGUGGAAGAUGUGUUCCUCCAAACAACCAUACAGCACUUACAUGCUCAUGAUGAUCCACAGAAAGUUGGCUACUGGACUAGCGCCAAUGACCUUGAAGUUGAAGGUCGCUGGGUGUGGGACUACCCCAGCGACAACGUUGUACUGUAUACCGACUGGCACAUGGGAGAACCCAACAAUAACUGGUACAAUACCUCAAGAAGCGAAGACUGCGUCGUGAUGUGGGACCACAACCAUUAUGGAUACCAGUGGAAUGACCAGCCGUGUGACAACCUCGAGUUCUACAUAUGCAAGCGCGGGUAGCGUAUCAUUAUUUAUCAAAUUCUAUAUUAUUUUGAUUACAUAGUGAUGUUAUUUAUUAUAAACAAUGCAUGUUCGUAGAUAGUUAAAUAGAUCGCAUUGCAAAAAAGCAUCGCAUAAACAACGUUUACAUGUUAAAUGUGUGGGAGAAUUUCAAUGGAAGAAUGACAUCUUCACCUACAAAACAGUGUAUCUUACAUAAAAUUGAGGCAAUUUACAUUGUUAUAACUCUGUUAAGCACCACGUCAAUUAGAAAGUGUCAGCACAGUAUUAUGUACACAAAAUAGAGGCCAUGUAUUUAAUUUUCGGGAUUUUAAGAUUGUGACAACGUUUAUCUACUUGCCGAACUUUUUUUCACAGACCCAGCUCUGACGCAGAGAUUGUCGGGUAGACAUUUGACAUGUAACCAGGAAAUAUUCAGCCAAAUAAAGCAAACUUUAUAUCUAGUGGGCUUGUGUUAUAUGUUUAAAAAUUCAUGAAAUAUUUGUAGAAUAAUUUGUUAUCAAAUUGUAAUAUUUGACCAUUAUCAAUAUGCCUUGGAAGUACGGAAAAGAAUGUGCUGAUAGUUGUAGGCAGUAACACGAGGCAAUUUCUAUCUCUGUGGUAUCCAACACAUAUCUGCGAGCGCGGGUACUUAACCAUUAGUUUAGAAAUAUACUUUAAUAAAAACAAAAUAUAAGUAUCGAUGCAACAAUUAGAAAUGUAUACAGAUCUGUUGGGAAUCUCUUGUUUGUAUGAUUAAAACAAAGUGUGUACACAUUUCAGUCGUAAAAUGAAAAUCCGGAUUUAUUACAUUACGUUAUCCGACGUUUAUUAUCUUCAUUUCUUACCAAUUAUGUAAUUAUCAC